UAAAGGAGGAUAAAAAUAAGAGGCAGAAAAAGCAUGGCUUCUAGGGAGCAUAAAAGAGCAGCGCUAAAUGAGAAGUUGCAACAGCUUCGUGCUGCCACCAACUCUAAUGCUCUGAACAAAGCUUCAAUUAUAGUAGAUGCAUCCAGGUAUAUAAAUGAGUUGAAGCAAAAAGUGGAAAGACUGAAUCAAGAUAUUGGAACUUCACAAAGUUCAAAAGCUCAAAAUUCAUUGCCUGCGGUUACUGUGGAAACCCUAGAAAGGGGUUUCCUUAUUAAUGUGUUUUCAGAAAAAAAUUGUCCUGGUUUGCUAGUCUCAAUACUAGAAGCAUUUGAGGAGCUGGGUCUUGAAGUGCUCGAUGCUAGGGUUUCUUGUUCAGAUAUUUUCCAGUUACAAGCUGUUGGUGGAGAAAAUCGUGAUAGCUUAGAUGCUCAAGUGGUGAAACAAGCUGUGUUGGAAGCUAUCAAGAACUGUAAUGAAGAGCAAGAAUAACCCAUCACUCUUUGCUUCUUCCUCUUCUUCCCUUUUCGUGUAGGGCUGAGGAAAAUAAUCCACCCAAGGGAACUCUAAGAUCUUCUGCUUAAAGGAAAAUUGCUUAUGCAUUGUUGAUAUCAUAAGUUCUCAAACAGUGUCAAGAACAUAGUAAGCCAAUUAGCCAAAAGCCAGAAGCUUAGUAUUUUGGUGCAAAACAAGCAUUGGGCAUUGAUGGUGAAGAAACCUAGUAUGCCUUUUUGGUGAUAAAAUUGUGAGUUUGUUGGUUUCAUUUAGUUAUUUGAUUAACACCUAGCCUUAUAUUUCAUAGUUUUGGAUGCCUCAUAUUCAUGGCUGAAGAUAAUCCAAACAAGUAGCUCCUUAAUGCAGGUUUGCUUGAAUAAUCUUUAGCUGGGUUAUGCUAUCUUCUUUGAAUAAAGAAUGCUUAUUUGUAUCUAA